UUCAGUCGUCUCGUGUGCCAUGACACGCCAUUUUCGGGACGCGUCGGACGAAUCGUCUGAAUGCGGGAGCAGGGCUUGAUUUGGCAUGGCCGAUGGGGUUGCGCGUCUACAGCGUCUGUUCGCGUCUUCGCCCCUGUGACUGUGGUGCUCGAAGCAGGGCUUCAGGAUGCGCUGGAGGAAGACAAACGUUGGUGGCAGAUCUUGGAGGCAGUUGGUUCAUCACUGUGCUCGGAGUUAUCUGGCAGUGGUGUUCUGGUCGCCGUCCACUGGAAACCCAAUUGGCAAGCAGCCAGACAUAGGAGGCUGAUGCAUGCUUUGAUUCUUGGAGAAGUUGCAGCUUGCCACAGUAUUUGGCAAGCACAUUGGCAACAAGUGCGACGCUUGUUGGAGGACAAGGCCUUUGUAUUUUGGAAGGAUAUUGUUGAUACUGCAGAUCCAGACCGAUCCAGAGGCCACUGCAGGCAGCUGUAUGAUGCUUUGAAUCUUCGGCAAUUGGAGAGUCCGGGGUUGGCUCUGGAGCUUCCGGCACAGUGGGUGGAAGGUAUGGUUGAAUCCCAGAGCAAUUCUUCUUCAGCCCUGCGGCGCAAUUGCGAAUGGGAGCUCUUUUUCCAGCUCUUUGGGCCGCUGUCUCUGAUAGAGAGAAUCAUCAACGAAUCGGGCCGUGCUGUUUUGCUGGCCUGCUUUGAGGAGCCACAAGCUGCGUUGGCCAUGUACGAGUGCUUGGCAGGACGUUGUUUAUACUUUCCAUCGACCGGUAGGAUCGAUGGUCUGACAGGUCUGACAAGUUCAACAGACUGCUUCCCUGCGCUUUGUACCGUUAGGGACUAUGAUGCACUCAAGGCACAACUUUAUCGGAACGAGCGCGUGCAGGACGAUGAAGCAGCAUUCGUCUUGCGGCGUAUUGCUUCUGCCGUGAAGCCACGGCCUCCUGAGGUGAUUUUGGUCACUACGACGCAGCCUACCCUUGUGUGCGGUCGAGAAGGAAGUGUAGACAUCCCCCUUCGUGCACCGCAUGUUUCCAAGGUUCACGCAGUGUUGCAGCUAUCUCGGGAUGGCGCAAGCUGGAAGUUGACGAUUGAGGAUAGGUCCUCAAACGGCACCUGGGUGAAUGGAGUGAGAUUGAAGGCCAAAGAACAGAUGGCUCUGAAAACUUGCGACCAGAUUUGCUUUGUGCCUCCUGGAAAUGGGGUUGAACAAUUGGUCUAUGAGGUUCUGCCGGCCAACAUGCUGCAAAGAACAGCUUGUCGCCCAACAGAAGUCCUGGACCCUGAGCCUCUUCGUGGCUCGUAUGCGAGGAGCCGCAGCCGCGGUCAGGACGAGAAUAUCUCGACUUGGCUGCAGUCCGUUGGUGAUCCUGAGCUCUUGAGUUACCAGACGAAGCUGAUGAGGAUUGUGACAACCCCUUCUGACAUCAGGAACAAAUAUGGAGAUAACAUCAGCGGCUUUCUUGCUGAUCUCAAUGUGAGUGACCAGCACAAGUCAUCCUUCAGGCGAGCUCUGCUGAAGCUGCGCCGCGUUCGACUGGAUUCCACUGGAUGCUUGCAAGUCUUUGCAAGUCUUUGCAAGUCUUUGCAGCUUUCUGCAUACCUCCCGACAAAACAGGUCACCAACUCGGUGGUCUUACAGCCUGGUCUGUACAGCAGCUGUGCAAGGGCGUUGGGCCAAGGUUGGGGCACCAGAGAAGGGAGAGGCCCUUUGCGGCUCAAGUAUUUCCUGCAUGACAACGUUGCAGUGCCCUUGCAUUUGUACUACUAUGUUUUCAAUGAUGGCUGGAAGCGUUCUGACUCUAUCGACUUCACUUUCCAACCAGAUGUGAUUGUCCCGCUCAACGAGUCACAGCCGAUUGUUCAGCGAGUACUCCCAGGGCUGAUCCGCUUUCCUAUGCCUCCAUUGCACUUAGCUGAAGUGGAGUUGGUUGACCCUCCUCCUGCUUCCUAUUUGCAAAGCGCCCUGCUCCGCUCCAGUGGAGCAAAGCUUUACAGCCGUGCACACAGACUGAGCGAACAAUUGGACUCAAGAGGCAUGUGGGAACCGCAGCAAACUCAUGCAAUGCUCAUCUUCUCCAAAUGGCCGCCGAAGAGCUCAAGGUAG